UGCAUCCUCCCUUUCAAACAUUUUGAAUUGCAAUCUCUCUCUCUCUCUCUGUCUCUCUCUCUCAAGCAGACACAUUGUGCUUCUCCAACGAUGAAGUCCAGCAACAGCGCAGCGAUCUCAGAAAAUGGAUCGAAAGGGAGCCUAUCAACCUCUUCCAUACGGAGCCUCCUCGCCAGAUCCAUUUCUACCAAGCACAAAACAGCUCCCAGGAACCCCAAAACCCCCAAAUCCGGUGCAGAAAACACGCCUCCGCUCGAUCCCAACAUUUCAGACUCUGACGCCAUUGUACCUUCUCCAAAGCUUGGGAAAUCGAGUGAAAUUGCCCGAUCUGACGGUCAAGAAGCGCCGUCCCACCACCAGCCAUCGACUAAGAAAGAGAUAGCAACAUUAGGAGACAAAUCUGGAGCAUUGGCACUUCCAGACACACCAGUGAAGGUUGCUGUGAGAAUUAGGCCUGCCAACGAAUUUGAAAGACUAGGAGAUCGGAUUGUUAAGAAAGUUUCAUCCAAUUCACUGUCAGUUGGAGAUCGCAAAUUUACUUUUGAUUCAGUCUUUGAUGCAAGCUCAAGCCAGGAGGAUAUCUUUCAGACAGUUGGUGUUCCUUUAGUACAAAGCGCUCUUGCAGGAUACAAUACUUCUGUAUUGACAUAUGGACAGAGCGGAAGUGGAAAGACAUACACAAUGUGGGGACCACCCAGUUCAAUUGUUGAAGAACCCUCAUCCAGAAGAGCCCAAGGUCUUGUUCCACGCAUUUUUCAGAUGUUAUUUACUGAGAUUGAGAGGGAGCAAGGGAACUCUGAAGGCAAACUAGUCAAUUAUCAGUGCCGCUGUUCUUUUCUGGAGAUAUACAACGAACAAAUAGGGGACUUACUCGAUCCAACCCAGCGAAACCUUAAGAUAAAGGACGACUUGAAGAAUGGUCUACAUGUUGAGAAUUUGACUGAGGAAUAUGUGGCGGGCUAUGAGGAAGUAACUCAAAUCUUGAUUAAGGGUCUUUCAAACAGAAAAGUGGGAGCGACAAGCCUGAACUCCAAGAGCUCCAGGUCCCACAUUGUGUUAACUUGCAUUAUCGAGUCUUGGUGCAAGGAAUCAUCAUCCAAGUGUUUCAGUAGUUCAAGAACAAGCAGAAUUAGCCUUGUUGAUCUUGCUGGGUCAGAUAGAAACAAACUUGAUGAUGCUGGUAGACAAUGUGUGAGAGAAGCCAGAAAUGUGAAGAAAUCCCUAUCUCAGCUCGGAUAUUUGGUCGAUAGUUUAGCUAAGAGAAGCCAAGGUGGAGACAAUGGUGUUCCAUAUAAAGCUUCGUGCUUAACACAUUUGUUGCGAGAAUCCUUUGGUGGCAAUUCUAAACUCACAGUUAUAUGUGCCAUAUCUCCAGACAAAAGAAGCGAGAGUGAAAUACUCAGCACCCUCAGAUUGGGACAGCGAGUGAAACAUAUUAAAAACGAGCCAGUAAUAAAUGAGAUUUCAGAGGAUGAUGUGAAUGAUUUGAGCGAUCAAAUUCGUCAACUGAAGGAAGAACUUAUAAGAACAAGGUCCCAUGCACAUAACCCAAUGGGAAGCAAGCAGAAAUACUUCCAUGGGCAGACUGCACGUGAAAGCCUAAAUCAACUGAGGGUGAGCCUUAACAGGUCUCUGAUACUCCCCAGGAUUGACUGUGAAAAAGAGGAUGACGUAAAUGUUGAUGAGAAUGAUGUAAAGGAACUAUGUAAAGAGCUGGAUAAGUUGCAGACAUGUGGAAAUAAGCCAAAAGAUUCAUUACAGAAAGGAAACUCCACCCUUAGUUCUUCUACAGAAGAAUGUUGCCAGACAGAUUUAAGUGAAGAAUACACUAAUUGUCCAGAAGAAUUUGAAUCAGACGAAACUAAUUCGAGACAAUCUCAGGAUGAACUUGCUCCAGAGGACAGUAUUGCAUUAGCAGAAAACUUCAUCAGCUGCAGCCGUGACAACUUGAGUUUUGCAGAUUGUACACUCAGAACUAGCAUUUCAAUCAGCUCAUGUCAUCGCUCUCCGAUUCUUGAAGAUCCAACAUUGACAGAAUCUCCAAAAAUUCGAAAAUCUCUAAGGAGAAGUAUAGCCAUUUCAGCAAGCCUUCUUGCAAGCCAGAAGAACAUAGUGGAAAGCGAGAAAUUCCUUCCAGAUGUGCCAGGAAAGUCUCUCAGACAAAGUCAGCACCUUAGAUCCUCCUUACAGUCAAGCAAACUAUUUCCAGGCCCUACCGAGUCUUUAGCUGCAAGCCUUCACAGAGGCUUAGAAAUUAUUGACUGCCAUGAGAGAAAUUCAGCAGCAAACAAAUCUUCAACUGCCUUCUCAUUUGAACACUUGACUUUGAAACCCAGUCCAGAAGUCGACAGGGCCAACACCUCUGCUCAGACAUCGCCAAAGGAGAGUCAAUAUUUAGACGGACCAUAUGGCUCAUUUCUUUGUGCAUCUUGUCAAAGAAAAAGAUCGAACCUUGAUUGUAAUGAGGUCCAGGACAGCUUAAAGACAUGGAAAGUGGCAUCAGAUGGAGGAGAGAACCCUAAAAAUCUAAAAGCUGGAACACCCAAGGAUGUAGAGAUUGAUUUGUCUCCGGAUGUGAAGAGAACCAUGGAGCUCGAGAAAAUCUGCAAGGAGCAAGCAGCUAAAAUUGAGCUUCUUAAUAGCCUGGUAGAGCAAUAUAAAAUUGAGAAAGAACGAAACUCCAUCGAUGCUUUGAAAAAGGAAAUUAUUCCGUAUGAUGAACUGCAAUCACAGAAUAGCAAAGAUCUGCAACUCCUGAUAUGUGAAGAGGAGAGGAACGACCAAGCUGAGGAAAAAUGUGAAAUUAAGGAAGUCCAAGAAGAGCAACAUCAUGGGGAUGAAGAAAAUGUUUUUGAUGUGAAUGAGAAGGAAGCACUUCUUAAGGAAAUCCAUCUAUUGAGGAGCAAAUUGGAAUCUUAUACAGAUGCAUGUCCUGACAAGUCCACUGAGAAACUGAGGUCUUCGCUGCUGUUGCGAUCCAUUCAGCUGCGGAAGAGUUGUGUAGGAUCCCAACCUAAUGAAGAAGAAAUUGAGAGGGAAAGACAGCGAUGGACAGAGAUGGAAAGUGAGUGGAUCUCCUUAACAGAUGAAUUAAGGGUAGCUAUUGAAACAAACCGCCGGCGUGCAGAGAAGUUGGACAUGGAGCUCAGGCUAGAGAAAAAUUGCACCGAGGAGUUGGAUGAUGCUCUUCAGAGAUCUGUCCUUGGUCACGCCAGAAUGGUGGAACAUUACACUGAACUUCAAGAGAAGUAUAACGACCUGGCUGCAAAACACCAUGCAAUUAUGGAAGGAAUUGCGGAGGUGAAGAGGGCAGCUGCCAAGGCAGGAGCCAAAGGCAACGGCUCUCGUUUUGCGAAAUCCUUGGCAGCAGAGCUCUCUGCUUUGAGGGUAGAGAGGGAGAGGGAGAGAGAGCUUCUCAAAAAGGAGAACAAAAGGCUUAAAAUUCAACUGAGAGACACUGCAGAUGCUGUUCAUGCUGCUGGAGAACUGCUCGUCAGGUUGAGAGAAGCUGAACAAUCUACCUCCGCUGCUGAGGAAAACCUAGCGACUGUUCAGGAAGAAAAUGAGAAGCUAAGGAAGCAAUUGGAGAAACUUAAGAGAAAACACAAGAUGGAGAUGAUCACAAUGAAACAAUAUCUUGCAGAGAGCCGAUUGCCGCAAUCGGCAUUGCAAUCGCUGCACAGGGGGGACUCGGACAUUGCUACAACUACUGAUUAUGAUGAUGAUCAGGCAUGGAGAGCAGAAUUUGGAGCUACAUACCAGGGGCAUUACUAAGUCAAACUUGGAACAAGAUCAUGAAAAUCAAGUCUGCAGUUUUAGUUGUUCGCUCCACCUGCUACACCAGCAGGCAAGCAUUGAUUCGACCCUACUUGGGUUUAACCAGCAGCGAGCCAUGUUGGUCUCUGGAGCUCUUAUACUUAGAGUUUCUGUAAUUCCGAUUUGCAUCAGCUAUUGUGUGCUUAAUUGUGUAUUCAUUGGUGAGAAAUAAAGAUUCACAUUCUCUAUUCGUGUUCUAUAGUUACAAUAG